AUGGCUCGCGGCGCCUUUUUCACGAUGGAAGACGCCAAAAUUGCCUUCAACCUCUUCUGCUGCGUCUACGGCGUCGGCACCCUCGGCAUGCCCGGCAACUUUUCCCGAGCGGGGCCGGCGAUCGCCAGCGUAGCGCUGCUUUUCAUGGCCUUCGCCAACGUCUACGCCUCCGUGGCGAUCUCCAAGGUGCUGCUGCUGGCUCCCAGGUCUGUGCGCACGUACGGUGAUCUCGGCGAGUGGUGCAUGGGCCAGACUGGCCGCUACUUGGUGUUGCUUUCCCAAAUGGGCGUGUGUCUGCUGGUGCCCUGCGUUUUCCUCGUGCUGGGCGGCUCGCUGCUCGACGGACUCUUCUCAAACGCGUUCGACCAGAAGGUGUGGAUCGUGAUCAUGGCGCUAAUGGUGCUCCCGGUUUGCCUCAUCCCGACGCUCAAGGAAGGAGCAGGCGCGGCUUUCGCAGGCUGUGCGGGCACCAUUAUCGCCGAUUGCAUCGGAGUUGCAGUCGUCAUCCAUGGCAUGCGUGGCCACCCGAGUGUGCUGGCGCCCCAAAUCUCCUUCUCACAAGUUACCAGUGCAUUCGGAAACUUGUCCCUCGCAUACGGAGCCGGCAUCGUGAUCCCAUCGCUUCAGCGCCAGCACAGCGACCCGACUCGCAUGCCUCGUGUUGUAGCUGUCACCUUGACGUUCAUCUCGGUGCUCUUCCUGGCGCUUGCCAGCAGCGGAUACUCGUCCAUGGGGUGCCAGAUUUCGGGCAACCUGCUUUUCACCAUUUACCCGGACCCGGUCACAGGUCUAACGUCACUUGGCUUCGCGUCGAACUGGGGCGCCGUCGUCCUCGCAUACCUGUUCAUGCAGCUGCACGUCACCAUCGCCUUCGCGGUUGUGGUAUCCCCUGCGUUCUACAUCUCCGAGCGACUCGUUCUAGGGAUGCACCAGAACAACUCGCAGGAGCGCCUGCCCAGGGAUGAUGUCGAGGCCGCAAUCAGCUAUGACCCUACUGGCACACCAAUUUUGAAGGGAGAGCGCAGCUCAAAGAGAUCGAUGGCGUCGGUGGUCUCGAUGGCAGACAUUGAAAAGGACAAUGAUGUAGACGAAGAGGCUGAGGCUGCUGAGUACCGUGGCGCCAACUCGAUCAAGUACGUGCUGCUGCGCAUUGCAAUCGUCACGUUACAGGUCCUUGCCUCCGUGUUGCUGAAGGACCACUUUUCCGAUUUGAGUGACUUCGUGGGCUCUUCGGCUAUCACAAUAAGCUGCAUCAUCCUGCCUAUCGUGUUCUACUUGAAGCGCUGCUGGAGCUGUGUUCCCAUUUACGAGAAGGUGCCUGCGGUGGUCGUUUGCUUUGUGCUCGGUUGUUACGUGACGUAUUUGUCCGGGAAGGAGAUGUUUGCGCCGACCGAAAGCGACGUCAACUUCCCGUUCUGUGCUCCAGAAUACCAAGACGACGUCUACUACAACUACACGGCUGAACACGAAGCAUAA